AUGUCGAAUCGAACACAAGAAAACACUCCGUUGCUCAUAGCACAGUCUCGACCCUCUUCCUAUCAUGGCGCCUCCACUAGUCCCACAACGGCACCGGUACCAGCACGCAAAGCAACACCUCUUCCACACAAGCAGCUCUUCGUACUAUGCCUCAUGCGCAUGACCGAACCCAUCUCGUUCACCGUCAUCUUUCCGUUUGUCAACGCUAUGCUUCGUGCCAAUCUUCCUUCCUCUGUUCCGUCGUCGCAACUCGGCUACUACGCGGGCAUUGUAGAAUCAGCUUUCGCUUUCGUCCAGUUUCUCACCAUCUUCUGGUGGGCUCGGCUGUCCGAUCGUAUCGGACGCAAACCUGUACUUCUCAUCGGGCUGUUGGGGUCAUUUCUUUCUGUCAACGCGUUUGGAUUUGCAAAGACGUUCCCGCAGAUGGUGCUCGCAAGGUCGAUUGCCGGAUUGAUGAACGGUAACAUUGCCAUACUGAAAAGCGUACUCGCCGAGAUCACGGAUGAGACAAACCAGGCGAGAGCGUUCAGUUUGAUUCCACUGUGCUUUGCGGUUGGGUCGAUUGUCGGCAAUGCGUUGGGAGGCUGGUUGGUAGAUGUGGGCGAGGGAGAGUGGUGGCAGAAGCAUCCUUUCUGGUUGCCGUGUGGCAUCGCUAGCUGCUUCAACCUUUGUGCAAUUGUUUUGGGUAGUUUGUUUCUCAAGGAGACGCUACCGACCAUGGCACGUUCAAAAGGUCAAGAUUCGCCACACCAAAACGAACAGCAACAGGUCAUGGUGGAGGAAGAGAGAGCUCCCUCGAUCUCGUCUAUUUUAUCCUCACCUUUGAUUCGUAGAGUGUUAGGUACGCAAAUGGGGCUCACCUUUCUCAACGCAUGUCAUGCCGCACUGCUCCCUCUGUUUUGCUACACCUCAAUCGCUCACGGUGGUCUCUCUCUCUCAUCAUCCGACAUCGGCACUGUCCUCGCCGUCAAUGGUGCGUUCACGAUCUUUAUCCAGCUCAUUCUCUUUCCGACACUGGAACGACGGCUCGGUGGACCACAACGUGUCUACACUCGCGUUACUGCCUGUCUACCCUUUCUCUGGCUCUGCUUCCCGAUCGCUCACCUACUCGCCAUCCGACACCCAGACAGCAAAGCCAAGCCAAUGGUAGCUUUGUUUCUAUCCAUCAUCCUCAAAGGUAUCAGCAACAUGUCGAUCGUCAGCAGCAAUCUGUUGGUCAACGAUUCCGCCCCGACCAGAAGCAGUCUAGCUACAAUGAAUAGCAUCAGCCAAAUGGCGGGCUGUUUGAGCAGGACCGUGGGACCAACAUUCAGCACGAGCCUGUUUGCGCUCAGUACGAGCAAAGAGCUGUUGGGCGGGCACUUUAGUUGGUUGGUCAUGUUCACGAUCAGCACCACUGUAUGGCUGUUGACGUUAAAGGUAAAGGCGCCGGAGAAGGCGUCGUGGAGAAUCAAGGCUCAGCAAGAGGCAGCAGCAUUCGAGUCGCAAGAGUCGAGACAGAACCAACAAAUACAGACGCAAAUACACGCUCGGUGA